CAGCACCUGUGCUGCCAAUUAACUCAAUUCGCAGAUUGACACUGGUUUGAUCAGACUUCUUUACAAGUGAGUGACUGGUUCACUGAAAAUUGUGAGCAAAAGGAAAAUAGUUGUGCAGUAAAGGAAUUGCGAAACCCGGUGAUCAAAGUGCUCGAAAGGACGAGGUUCAGGUUUUCUCUUCAUUAGACUAAUUGAAAGAAUAUUGGUCGACAAGGUUGGGGAUUUGAUGGUUGGCCACUACGUCACUGAUUGUGAUCAUGUAAAACAUAAUCUACACCUUUCGAAAACGCGCAAGUUUAACGGCGUACGCAGUUGCCAUUGAUCAAGAUACCCGUGCGGAACGAAAGAUAGGCGAUAUCGAAUACCAUUGUGUACACUUAUGUCGCGACCUGAUUACAACAGGUUUACCUGAUGAUAUUUAGGUACUGGUUGUCUAGUCAUCACAGAUAAGAUCGACGUUACAAUCGCGGUGGCGAUUACAUAUCUACGCCAUGUAAAUGUCACCAGAUUUUUUGCACGUUUGAGGCUUGUGUUAUUUCCUCCGCAAAGAAGGGUCGCGACAUGUUGAAGCAUCAAAACCCCAGCAUCCCAAGAGAAGGUGCGGAAGCAACCGACAUGGACGAUUUUUUCGACGACGAGAGUUCGCCCUUGACGGCUCAAGACGAAUACGGUGAAAGGUUAUCAGCGGACACCAAGGGAUGGGAUGUGUUCCGCAACCCGCCGUUAAGGAGAGACUCCGGUUCGAUGGCGGACCAGAAGUGCGUCGCGGUGACGCUGAAAAUCCUGAAACUGCUAGUCUACAUUAUUGUUUUCGCGAUAGUUUUGAGCUGCGGCGUGAUCGCGAAAGGAACGGCUCUCCUCAUGACCUCUCAGCUCCAGCUUGACCGGACGGUUUUGUACUGCAACCGACUUCUAGGGGCGGAAAAAACGUUCGUUGCGUUGCUGCCUGAGGAAGAGAGGGUGUCGUGGAUAUGGUGCAUACUUAUCGGGUUUGCGGUGCCCGAAAUUGGCACGCUGAUCCGCAGCGUGAGAAUCUGUGUUUUCAAAUCGUCAAGGAAGCCCAAAGUCUCCCACUUCGUCUUUGUGUUUUUAAUGGAGACGCUGCACGUGAUUGGACUCGCGAUACUGUUCAUGAGCGUUUUGCCCGACCUAGACGUCAUCCAGGGAGCAAUGCUGAUGAACUGCGUGUGCUUCGUCCCAGCGUUGCUCGGGCUUCUUUCACGGAAUGAAAAGGUUGACGGGACGAGGAAGCUUCCGUACAUCCUGGCCGACGUGGUUGCCGUGGUCGCGCAGAUGACGUCCUUCAUAGUUUGGCCCAUCCAGAAGACCUCGAAUCCAAGCUUGUGGCUGACUCCAGUUUCGCUUAUCCUUGUGUCCUGUCGAUGGUGGGGGAAUUACGUCACCAUCCACAGUCCCGUAGACAUAAUAAACUCGCUGGGUCGAAUUGAGGAGGAGUUGAAGUACACGAGAUACUUCACUUACAUCUUCGUCUCCGUAUGGAAAAUCAUUGCGUUUUUCGCAUUCUCCAUACUGAUUCUGCACUUCAAGGGAAACACAAUUAGUCACAUUUUCACGAUGGCCGGAAGUACCUUCAGCAACCAUAACAUCACCGUCACCGAGGUCCAGUCAACCAUUGGCGGCGGAACGAUUCCGCAACUGUCUGAGGUUGUCCAAAACGGAACGUCGGCGGUCAUCAUGACGACCUUUACAACUCCGAUAUACAUAUUGCUGAUACAAAUGCUUGCAGCAUAUUUCAUUUACAUAUUUGGUAAAUUCGCAUGUAAGAUAAUGAUACAAGAAUUCAGCUUCGCGUUACCGAUCAGUCUGACAAUCCCGACGUCAAUUUCCCUUCUCACCGCAGCCUGUAGUCUUCGAAAUCGAGAUCCCUGUUAUUUCCACGGGAUGCUACCUGAUCACCUCUUUUUCGACUCUCCAACCUUCUACUUCCUUACCGAUUUUAUAUUGGAAGAGCACGCCUGGGUCUGGGUCUUGUGGUUACUGUCCUACACUUGGGUAACGAUCCAAAUUUGGACACCAAAAUGCGAACGUCUUGCUUCAACUGAGAAACUCUUCGUCACACCGAUGUACGAUACACUUCUCGUCGAUCAAGCAAUGGCACUGAACAGGCGGCGUGACGACCAGCCAGAAAUUUCGGCGAAGAAUGGGACGGGCAGAAUCAAAGCGAAGGAUAACAAAAAGGAUGACAGUGACUCUGAUUACACUCCGUACGAACAAACCAAUAACUCCGCUCUGGGCACGUCUGUUACCUACACCAGCGAUCUGGUAACGAGGGUUUAUGUCUGCGCUACCAUGUGGCACGAGAAUAAAGACGAGAUGAUCGAUUUUCUGAAGAGCAUACUUCGAUUGGAUGAGGAUCAAUGCGCCAGGAGGAACGCCCAAAAUUUUCUAAACGUGGUCGAUCCAGACUACUAUGAAUUGGAGACUCACAUUUUCUUCGAUGACGCCUUUGAGGUGUCCGAUCACGAUGUCAACGACUCGCAGGUAAAUCGAUUCGUGAGAUUGCUCGUGAACGUGCUAGACGAAGCCGCUUCCGACGUCCAUCAAACCCGAGUUCAUGUUAGUGCGCCGAAAAAAUACCCAACGCCUUACGGCGGUCGUCUGAUCUGGACGCUACCGGGUAAGACGACGAUGAUCGCUCAUUUGAAGGAUAAAAGCAAGAUUCGGCAUAGAAAACGUUGGAGUCAGGUGAUGUACAUGUACUACCUCCUUGGUCACCGAUUGAUGCAGAUGCCAAUAAGCAUCGAUCGAAAGGAGAUAAUUGCUGAGAACACAUACCUCCUCACCCUCGACGGCGACAUUGACUUUCAGCCCAACGCCGUUAAACUUCUGAUUGAUUUGAUGAAGAGAAAUAAGAACCUGGGCGCUGCGUGUGGCCGCAUUCAUCCCGUUGGAUCAGGUCCAAUGGUGUGGUACCAAAUGUUCGAAUACGCGAUCGGGCAUUGGCUACAGAAAGCGACCGAGCACACAAUCGGCUGUGUGCUCUGCAGUCCAGGAUGCUUUUCACUUUUCAGAGGAAAGGCACUUAUGGAUGACAGAGUGAUGAGCAAAUAUACAACCAGAUCAACCGAGGCACGGCACUACGUCCAGUACGAUCAGGGUGAGGAUCGAUGGUUGUGCACUCUGCUGCUGCAGCGUGGUUACAGGGUUGAGUAUUCAGCUGCCAGCGAUGCCUACACUCAUGCACCCGAAGGGUUCAACGAGUUUUACAAUCAAAGACGCCGUUGGGUUCCCUCAACAAUGGCCAACAUCAUGGAUCUGAUUAUGAACUCUAAGCGUACCAUCAAGAACAAUGACAACAUAUCGCUGGUGUAUAUGUCAUACCAAAUCUUGCUCAUGGUUGGUACAAUCCUUGGACCGGGUACAAUCUUUCUAAUGUUGGUUGGAGCCUGCGUUGCUGCAUUCCAGAUCGAUAAUUGGACGAGUUUCUUUUGGAACCUAAUCCCGAUUGUGAUAUUCAUGAUCAUCUGUUUCACUUGUAAAUCUCACGUGCAACUUUUCAUAGCCGGAUUCAUCAGCAUCGGAUACGGACUCGUAAUGAUGGCUGUGAUAGUUGGAGUACUGAUACAAAUAGCAGACGAUGGUUGGGCCGCGCCCAGCUCCCUUUUUCUCUUCCUGGUAGUCGGGCAACUGAUUAUAGCAGGGCUACUGCAUCCCCAGGAACUGCUCUGUCUACCCUGCGGAAUAAUCUACUAUGUAACAAUACCUUCCAUGUACCUGCUGCUGGUGAUAUAUUCUAUCACAAACCUGAACAACGUUACUUGGGGAACUAGAGAAGUGCAAGUAAAGAAGACUAUUGGGGAAUGGGACGACGAGAAGGUAGAGGCUGAGAAAACUGCGUGGCAGCGUAAAAAUAAACCGCUUCUCGACAUCCUCCGAGACAGCGAGGGCACCGACAAGAAUGACCAGGGAUCUAUCGACUUCUCAUGCGCCGGAUUAUUCAGAUGUAUGUUUUGCACCCACGACAAGCCAUUUGACAAGAAACAGGAGCUAAUCACAAUCGCCGAAUCUUUGGAGAAAGUUCAGAUGCAACUAAUGAAGAUAGAGAGAGUCGUUGAACCUCAACCACAUCUACCAGGACGGAAAUUUACAAUGGCCUAUGCAGACAUGAUGGAGCCAAUUGAGGAAAAUUCAAUCGAGGCCGAUCAACUGGACAGCGAGUCAGAUACGCUGAGUCAGGAUCUGGAAGUCCACCGCGAACGCACCUUUCUGGUGAGUCCUUACUGGCUGGAGGACGAAAGUCUGCAAAAGGGAGAAGUCGAUUUCCUUUCAACUCAGGAGGAACAGUUCUGGAAGGAGAUACUCGACGAGUAUCUCUUCCCAAUUGAUGAAGACCAAGCAGAGAAGGAACGUAUCGCUACCGAUCUGAAAGAACUUCGGAACAAGUGUGUCUUUGCAUUUUUCAUGUUAAACGCACUAUUCGUGCUGAUCAUAUUUUUAAUGCAACUGAACAAGGAGAGUUUACACAUCAAGUGGCCGUUCGGCGCUAAGACAAACAUCACCUACGACGAGACUGCCCUUGAGGUUCACGUAACCACAGAAUCCCUACAGCUCGAACCAAUCGGUAUUGUGUUUGUCUGCUCGUUCGCACUGGUUCUGGUAAUCCAGUUUAUAGCAAUGUUCUUCCAUCGGUUUGGAACAUUAGCCCACAUACUAGCAAGUACAACACUGGACUGGUAUUGCUGCAAAAAGGCGGAGAAUGUUUCGGUUGAGACAUUACAGAUCAACGAUGCUGUUGAGAUAGUUAAAGACCUUCAAAGAUUGGACGUAAUGGAUCGUGAAUACGAGGAAAUAACUAGCAAAGAGCCUGGCCGAAGAAAGACUGUCCGUAACUUAGAGAGCGGUAAACGAAAGACGCGCGUGAUGAACAACCUGGACGAUGCUUUCAGGCAGAGAUUCUUCAGUAUAGCAGAAGACUUGAGAUUGCCCAGCGAAAUGGUAACCCGAAGGUCGAUUCAAGCAGUGAAAGCAUUCGAGAUGCGAAGGAACACAAUUUUGGCUGAAAGGAAGCAGUCGAAAUUGCAAGCCCAAGCAGGGGGAAGCAGUAUAUACGGAAUGUUCGGGAAACCCACUAGUAUGCGUCUUAGACCAGUAAGUAAUCCCGAUAAUUCGGAUGAUGAAGAAGUCGACAGAAGCCCGGGCGUUAUCAACCUCGGAUUUGAUCAUGAAGAUUCCCCGAGAGUAUAAACUGUUCGUUCUCUUUGGUGUAUCCCAGAAACUUGUUAGUAUUGUGCAGUGCAGUGAAAUGUAACCUACUGAAGAACUGACGCGGAACUUUAAGUCAGUGCGCGAGUGAAUUUCAAUUUCCGGUGGCGAUAUCACUAAAUGGAACUGGUUUUCUCUCACUCUAUUUCACUCUUCCGAACUACGAUAUUCAAAUAUAUAAAAAUAAUUGUGU